AAAAGUAAUGGGCUAAAGCUGAAUUUUCUUCGCACAUCUGCAUUGUGUUUGUGUGGACGGAAACGUGUAAGCCCACCCGCGACGAGUCCAGCCAGCCACACGAUCUUAUCGUCGUCCACGAGCGGCUCCUGCCUCUCUCACAAGCCGCGCCUGCCCGCCCCGCCGGAGCAACGGCAUGAUCGCCAUGGCUGCGCGCUGCUUCUUCUACUUCUCCCCUAAACCCUGCCUCUCCUUCACCCCACGGUGCUCCUCCUCCUCCUCCUCCCCGCCAGCGCCAGGGGGGAAGGGAAAGGGGAAGGCGCUGAGGGAGGACUGGCGAGAGAAGUCCAAGCCCAUCCCUCCCGGAGGCGUCUACCCGGCCAAGGACAAGUGCAGCCGCUGCGGCCUCUGCGACACGUACUACAUCGCCCACGUCAACAACGCCUGCGCCUUCCUCGGGGACGGCAUGUCCCGUGUCGAGGAUCUGGAACCAGUGGUCCAUGGGAGGGGCAGGAAGGAUACCAUGGAUGAAAUGUACUACGGGGUGCAUGAGCAGCUCCUGUAUGCCAGGAAAACGGAACCUGUUCAAGGAGCUCAGUGGACAGGAAUAGUCACAACAAUCGCAGUUGAGAUGCUGAAAUCAAAUAUGGUUGAUGCCGUGGUUUGUGUACAAAGUGACCCAGACGAUAGGUUUGCCCCAAGGCCUGUUUUAGCCAGGACACCAGAAGAAGUGAUUGCAGCCAGAGGUGUCAAGCCGACAUUAUCACCUAAUCUCGAUACACUAGCCUUAGUGGAGGCAGCUGGUGUAAAGCGUCUUCUCUUUUGUGGUGUCGGCUGUCAAGUGCAAGGUAUUAUCAUUCUUCUAUUUCUACCGUUGGCGGUUUAUCAUAUCUCACAGUUAUCGAACGUGAAAUUAUUGGCCGCAGCUUUGAGAUCUGUAGAGAAGUACCUUGGCUUGGAAAAGCUUUAUGUGCUUGGCACAAACUGUGUGGACAAUGGUACUCGUGAAGGACUUGAUAAAUUUUUGAAUGCUGCAAGCAGUGAACCAGAAACUGUUCUACAUUACGAAUUUAUGCAAGACUACAAGGUUCACUUAAAGCAUUUGGAUGGGCAUAUAGAAGAGGUCCCGUAUUUUUCCCUGCCAGCCAAUGAUUUGGUUGAUGUCAUUGCACCAUCAUGCUACAGCUGCUUUGACUACACAAAUGGCUUGGCGGAUUUAGUGGUGGGCUAUAUGGGAGUACCGAAAUAUUCGGGCGUUUCUAUGACUCAGCACCCUCAGUAUAUUACAGUCAGGAACGAGCGAGGGAGGGAGAUGCUCAGCCUGAUAGAGGGCCUUUUGGAGAGCACGCCAACAGUUAGCAGUGGUGCUAGACAACCAUUCGUGAUGGAGACAGUGAAAGCCGAUGAUGCAGCGAAAAUGGGAAAAGGCCCUUCUAAUCCAGCUCCCAUAUUUGUGGGCAACAUCAUCGCCUUCCUGCUAAACCUGAUUGGGCCCAAGGGCCUGGAGUUUGGUCGCUACUCUCUGGAUUACCACACGAUAAGGAACUACCUGUAUGUGAACCGGGCAUGGGGAAGGGCAAGAGCGGAGCAGCAUAUGCCAUCGUAUGCCAAGAAAAUCGUGGAGGCCUACAACAAGGACGGACGCAUCGACUCCAUGCUUGAGCAGAAUAAACAGUGAAGUGUAUUGUAUCAUACCUCCGCAUAUGCAUAUGUAGCACACACGGCCACACGAUCCUUAUAGAUAGUAUUAGCAAGCAAAACAAAUAGUGAGUGCACAGCAGAAAUAUUUAGUUCAGACAGCGAGUGGUACGCGUUAGGGCUCAGGUUACUGAUUUAGAUCCUCCCCGACAGGCAGCAGGCUCAAGGAUAAACUCCAAUGAUGCAAUAGAAUUUGUACCAUUAGUCUCUUCACUUGGGUUGUCUGCCCGACAAUUUCAAGGAAAAUGGGUCCAUUGAAGAGCCUUGUCUAUACACAGAUAUGUGAACAAAGAAGAUCAGUCCCGAAGAAGAUCACCACUUCUUUGCUGCCAAAUGAGGCAUGUCUACAGACAGGUUAUUGGAAGGCCAGGCUGUGUUGAAUUUUUUAUUUUUUUUUAUGAAACAAGGCAAAAGAUUUGCCAUUUCGUUGAUCAAGAAAGGAGGUUUGUGCUGAA